GUCACGUGACGUGGACGUGAUUCCCCACUCACCUUGAGCAGUGAAUUGAGGAAGACCUCAAUGAGGGGCUGCGGUGCCGCCAGGUGACAGUCGCUGGCGCCGAUCUUAAAGGUGGUCUCCAAGCAUUGGAUGGCAACUAAACCAAGUGAAGUUCAGAGCGAGCCUGAGUGGACGAUGACCAUUCUCGAUGGAGCUGCGAUUGUUCCCGUGCGAGGCUGCGAGGAAAACCUGCCGAGGUGGGAUCUGACGCCGGAGGAGAUCGAGACAGCCACGGAGCGCCUGAUGAGGAGAGUGAAGAAGGUCUACGAUGAGGUCGGGUCUCUCAAGGUGGAGGCUGUCAGCGUUGAAAACACCCUGAGAGCUCUAGCCAACAUCAAGCUGGACUAUGCAUCGUCUCGAUCCGCCCUGGACUUCCCGCAGUACGUCUGCCCUUCCCAGGAGGUCCGGUCGGCGAGCACGGAGGCCAACAAGAAGCUCUCCGAGUUCGACGUGGAGCUGAGCAUGAGGGAAGACGUCUUCCAGAGAAUCGUUGCCUUGCAGAAGAAGCUUCCGGAAAACAUUUCCACUGAAGAGAAGAGGUUAUUGGAGCGACUUGUGAUGUUGGGCCGGAGGAACGGACUGCAAUUGCCUCCAGAGACCCGAGAACAAAUAAAAAGCAUGUCCAAGCUCAUCGGUGAGCUCACCAUCGAGUUCAAGAAGAACCUGAACGAGGACAACACUUUCCUGGUCUUCUCUGAGCAGCAGUUGGACGGACUGGCGGACAGCUUCCUGGCGGGCCUGGAUAAGACCGUGGAUGGACGCUACAAGGUGACGCUGGGCUACUCGCACUACUACCCCGUGAUGAAGAGGUGUCACGAUCCUGAGACGCGCAAGAAAAUGGAGAGAACUUUUCACAGCAGGUGCAAAGAGACUAACACACCCAUCCUGGAGGGUUUGAUACAGCUGAGGUCAAAGGUUGCGGGCCUGCUGGGCUACAGCAGCCACGCGGACUACGUGCUGGAGAUCAACAUGGCCAAAAACGCCAGCAACGUGGCGGCGUUUUUAGACGCCUUUUAUGAAACGCUGAAGCCCGUCGGCCUCCGGGAGAGGAAGUACAUCCUGGAGCUGAAAAGGAGAGAGUGCCUGGCCAAGGACAGCUAUUUUGACGGGCAGAUCAACGCCUGGGACCUGCCCUACUACAUGAACCAAGUGGAGCGCUGCAAGUUCGCCGUGGACAAGGACAAACUCAUCGAGUACUUCCCGCUCCACGCCGUCACAGAGGGGCUUUUUGGGAUCUACCAGGACCUGCUGGGGCUCAGGUUUAGCGAGUUCCAGCCAGCCCACGUGUGGCACCCUGACGUCAAGCUUUACGCCGCCCACGAUGCCGGCACAGGGGAGGAGGUGGGCCUCUUCUACCUUGACCUGCACCCCAGGCAGGGAAAGUGCGUCCUUGACGCGUGUUUUCCCCUCCAGCCCGCCUGCCGGGGCCCCGAUGGAAAGCGUCGACUCCCGGUGGCAGCCAUGGUGGUGAACUUUUCCAAACCCAAUGAAGGUUUGCCCUCCCUCCUCCAGCACCAGGAGGUGGAGACGUACUUCCACGAGUUUGGUCAUGUGAUGCACGAGCUCUGUUCCAAGACCACCUUUUCAGAGUUCAGUGGAGGCUUGGUAGAGACGGACUUUGUGGAAGUCCCCUCGCAGAUGCUGGAGAACUGGGUGUGGGAGAAGGAGCCUCUGAGGAGAAUGUCCCGCCACUACAAGGACGGCACGGCCAUCCCGGAAGAGCUGCUCGACAAGCUCAUCGCGUCCAGAGUGGCCAACACGGGGCUGAUGAACCUGCGCCAGGUGGUCCUCAGCAAAGUGGACCAGUCGCUACAUAGCAGUUCUUGUGCGGACACGGCCGAGGUGUUUGCCCAACACUGCCAGGACAUCUUGGGUGUCCCCGCCUCGGCAGGCACCAACAUGACCGCCAGCUUCAUCCACCUGGCGGAAGGAUACGACGGCCAGUACUACAGCUACCUGUGGAGCGAAGUCUACUCCAUGGACAUCUACUUCAGUCGCUUUAAAAAGGAAGGAAUCCUCAAUCCCAAGGUCGGAACGGAGUACAGAAGAGUCAUCCUGGAGGCCGGAGGCUCCGUGGAUGGAACGGACAUGUUGGAAAGCUUUCUCGGUCGCGCUCCGUGCCAGGAAGCUUUCUUUCAGUGCAAAGGACUUAGCAGGACGUAGCAGCAUUUGAGACAUGACCAAGCAAGGCACAGACCAUCGGUGUUGAUGCAAAGUCUCAGGGUGUCAUACCUCCACUCGUAAGUCCAGAACUUUUUCAUUAUUUGGAAAAAAGGGAGUGCACUAUUUAGAUCGCACAUUUUUGGUACAUUGACAUUUUGAAAAGUGUCCAAAUUAGACACUUUUCUUUGUAAUUAUUGACUGCAAUAAACAUUCAUUUAAAUUAACCUCCAAGGUGACACAGACUAACUUUUUUGCCAUUUCAGUAUUUUUUUGCUGUGUAAUUUUGGUUUUGAAACUAUAACACAAGUGUCAAACUUAAAUUCCUGGGUCUAGAUCUGACCCACCGCGUUAUUUAUUGUGACCUGCCACGUCAGUUACAGUGACCACCACGCCAUUUAAUGUAGCCUACCAUGCCAUUCAAAGUGGCCCGCCAGACCAUUUAAUCUGGCCUGCCACGUCAUUUAAACUUCAAAUAAAUACUUAGAUAUCCAGUGUUUCCCACAGGUCAGGCAUCUACUUGUGGUGGUGUGGUCGGGCGGCGGGGGUUGGGGGGGGGCAGCGGCGGCGAAGAUGACCAAGAAGAACGCGGAGUUGGAAUAUAAUUACAACACUUUAUGUACAUAUUUAUGUACAUAUUUAUAUAAUAUUUACAUAUUUAUAUAAUAUGUAACUAUAAGCUCCAUUCACAGACAGAGUCCCAUUACAUUUAUGAGUAGUCGAGCGAGUCUAAAGCCGAAAAAAAAUAAAAAAUAGAAAACAAUUUUUUAUUUUAUUUUAUUUAUUUAUUUUUUUUAAUUUGUGGCGGCCGUAAUUCCUUCCUGGCGGGCCGCCACAAAUAAAUGAAUGUGUGGGAAACCCUGAUAUCUGCUUGUCACCUUGAUUUAGGAUUACAAAGCAAGUUAUCUGUCAGUUACUUCAUUUAUUCCAUUUUAUUUAGUUAGUUUAUUUUAAUUUAGCAGUUGUUGUUUUGGAGAGUGUUGGGAUCUUGUCAUAUGAAAAUAAAACAUUUUAAUAUAGCUCAAAAUGUAUGUCACAGCCCCUACGCGUCAUCUUUUGCUGACUAGCAAUUGUAUUGUUUUUUUAGCGGUCAAUGGAAGAUAUCAAUGGACGGUGCAAAAAAGUGAAACAUUUUAUUUAUUUACAUUUUUAUUAAUUUGCUUUCAUUGAUGACAAGGUUGUUGUCAUCGAUUAAGAUGCCACAGUUGCAUGCCUUCAGAAUAUUAGAGUGUGUUGAUUUUUUUUUUUUUUUUCAUUAACAAGGGAACAGUGUAUCUUUUUCUAAUGUUAAAAAUAAGUUGGUGAUUUGCUUUGUUAUACCAACAAAUAAAAUGUGAGUCGUU